GUGAAGUAGUUGUAAUUACAUGGAUUACCUGGCCUAUAAUAGCAACACUGAUGCAAAGAUCCAUAUAAUUUAAAUAGCCUACCUACAAGAAGCUAGGCUAGGCAUACUAGUACCAACAGGAAUCAGGUGUGGAUGACCGCCACCCUGCGUCGAUUGGGUGAAAAAUGAACGUCCUUCCUGUAUUUCAAGCUGUAUGAAUUUUGAAACAUCCCAGGACUCUUUCGCAUUAGGUGUUAGCCUACUGAAGUUAGUUCCACAGUUAGAUAGACCAUGUACAGUCCACAGGAAGGUCAAGCUAUGUUCGCCCCGCCCGUGUCAGACCCCUCCGCUCCUUCUGCGCCGCCCGCCAGCAUGUUUGACAACGUCCCGGGUUACGAGGGAACCGUGAUGGGAGGAGGUGGAUUUCUGCCUCCACCUAUGCCAACUGUGCCAGUGCCUAUGCCUGAGCCAGGACAAACACACCCAGACUGGAACAUUCCGUCCAUCACUGAGGAAACGGCCCGAGACGCCUUCAUCAUGUUUGCCUCCAGCAAGUGCUGCUACAACUCUGACCCAGCCAGAAACGGAGUUAUCACCAGAAUGGAGGCCUUCAACACCUACAGGUAUCGCCUAGAGACCUUCAAUGAGUCAAGAUCUACUGAAUGGAGCCAGGAGCCCUACAAUGGGCAACCUGUGGAUGCCUUCACACAAGCAGUUCCAGGCCCUUGGGACGUCCCUGCCCAGGCUCCAGCUUUCUUUAAGGAUCAUACCCAAGAUAUCAGAGUGCCCUACACGUCAUCUGUGAAGAAUUGCUAUGUAUGCCUUGGGAUGGGCAGAACCCCAUGCAAAGACUGUGCUGGAGCCGGCAAUAAAGUUUGCUGGGUGUGCAAUGGCUCUGGAUAUCGCCAUGGAAAUGAUCGCUGCUCGCACUGCAAUGGAAGAGGAAGAGAUAACUGCAGUCACUGCCAUGGUCAAGGCUCUCGUGACUGUUCCACGUGCCAUGGCAGGAGACAGAUCCUGAUGUUCAUCAACCUAAAGGUCAAAUGGACUAACCACAUUGAUGUCUAUGUGGUGGAGCAGGCUAGCGGUCUGAAAGUGGACAAUCUUAGUAAAGUGUCAGGAAAGGAGAUGUACAAGGAUUCCCAAUACCUGGUAUAUCCUGUGAGAGGCUUCCCUGAUCUUGCUGUGGUUGGAGCAUCAGAGAGACUAGUGAGAGAACACACGGCCAACUACUCCCAGACCUCACGCAUCCUGCAGCAGCGCCAGACCAUCGAGCUCAUCCCCAUCACUCGAGUCAGCUACCAGUGGAAGGGAACAACCUAUGUUUAUUUUGUGUAUGGGAAUGAAUUCAAAGUGAGCUCUGAGGACUACCCUGCCAAGUGCUGCUGCUGCUCUGUGUUGUAACUGCCUGCCAAGAAGAUUGCAGUACACUUUUAUUCCAGCUGGGGGCAGUACCUCCAUGUAUUGUUUGUAAGAGAAGCCCUGUUAUAAUAAUGUAAUGUAUGUGGAUGCACACAGAAGUAUUACAUGACAUAUCUGUUUAUUUCUGUACAUAUGAAACAAUACAGUGCACAGGGGUUAAAGAGCAUACACUUGCUUAUCAUCUGCUGUAUGAUGUACUGAUAAUACUGAUAAAAGUAUACACAACUGAUUUUAUGUUACAGUCACACUAAUCUUUGUUACUGUUAUGUUGAUGAGACUCACUGCACAGAGAAUGUCAGGGAUAUCCAUUAUAUCCUGUGAAUGGGAGUUCUGUCCAUUCUUAUCAGCCCUAGCUGCCUAUUUAGAUUUGCUUGUCAGUGCAUUACAAAUUUGUCGUCAAUGUAUAAUGUACUGUAAGUGACCAGGACAUUGAGAACUUUACUUCCAUAGUGAAGGACAAGAGCUCAUCUGACAUUUGGCUCAAUACAAAACUCAGUUUGGAGUUCUGCAUAACAAUGAGGAGAUAAUUCCAGAAUGCCUAGGUGAGGUAUUGAUUUUAAUGUCUGUAAUUGUUUAUGACACCUCUUUCCUGAAGUUGUUUUCUCAGACCAAAGUUACUGAUUUUUUUCUAAGAAUGUUUGUACAAAAAGGCUAAUGAACUUCAUUGUGUGUUUGUUGUAAAAUACAUUUUGGAAUAUUGUUUAUGAUCAUUUGAUACAAUACUACAACACCUGGUAUCCAUGAUUUACCCUAAA